AUGUGGAAGAAACUAGGGCUGCCGAAACCCAUCCCCUAUGACAGUGACAAUGAAGCGUGGGAUACCACUCCACCAGCCACCACCAGCACCGAAACGCCACCGGCUACUGAACCAGCGACCGGACGCACCGAUUCACCGGCCGCCCAGACAUAUCGCCGGCAAAAGAAACGGCAAAGAACGCCGCCACCACCAUCCACAAUAGACUCGAAGACAAACCCUGCGGGCGAAAUGCUACCUGAAGCCACCACUCCCACCGGCCACAGCCACAAACGGCCAAGAACACAGUCGCCACCAAGAUCAGAGCUGGAACCCACCAUUGCCAUACAUCCCGCAGGACUCAAAGAAAGUGGUACGCCCACUGAUUCCACCAACGCUGUGCCCACUGAUGCGCCCACGGAUUUUCCAAGCGCUAUGCCCAGCGAUGUGCCUAGCGAUGCGCCUACUGAUUUCACCAGCGCUAUGCCCAGCGAUGUGCCCACCGAUGUGCCCACCGAUGCGCCCGUGGACUUACCAAGUGAUGUGCCUAGCGAUGCGCCUACUGAUUUCACCAGCGAUGUGCCCAGCGAUGUGCCCACCGAUGUGCCCGUGGACUUACCAAGUGAUGUGCCUAGCGAUGUGCCUAGCGACACACUCAGUGAUAUGCCCAGCAAUUUGCCCAGCGAUUUGCCCAGGCCAGCAUACCCAGAUCACAUCGUCAAAUCACUGACAUUCAACAAAAUUUCUGAACGCACCAGGCUGCUGAAAGUUUCAUCCCUACCAUAUCACCCAGGUAAGUAUAUCCACCAUGCCACCCUCGGAGCACUGAGACUCCAUUCCCAGGCUGCAUGGGAAGGCCGGAAAAAUGGUCAGAAUCGUCGCCAGAGUGAUUGGAGCAGCGAAGCAGCGUCAGACGAUUGGUCACGCGCCGAGAAGCGAUGGGACACGCGCCGGGAAAGGGAGGCGCGUGAGCCUUACAUGCAGGCUUUUUUGGCAUCGGAACUAAGCGAUCUGCCGGCGACAGUCCAACGAUUCUCCUGGUACCGGUGGUGA